AUGGGGACUGUUUCAAUAGCAGUGGGGUGUGCUGUGGGUAUUCCGAUAGGGCUUGGCGUUUUAGUAGCCCUGUUCUGUUGGGCGCGGUUGCAGAGAAGAUAUAAGAGAGAAGAGGAAGAGGACAAAGAGUUAGAGAAUGUUAUACAUGACGAUAAUGCGUCUAUUACCUUUCACAAUAGUAGGACGUUACAGCCGUCCAGCGGAUGGGAAGAAAAGAAUGAGGCUUCGAAUGAUAUGAGCCAUGAGGACUCUGAAAUAUUCGAUGAGCAGAAGCAGCCGGAUCACCAUAUAAUCGGUUCUGGAUCCUCCGAAGGAUCCCUGAGUCAUGAAGAGAAACUCGCAGGUGCUUCUCAUGGUGAGAAAGGGAAAAAGGGCAAAGGAGAUCCAGCUAGAAAGAAGAGUAAAUACUUCGUUCCUGCAUAUCGCAGGAAGAUCAAUUCAAUGCAGGUUAAUUUAUCCCCGACCGAUGGUACGAGUACAGUCAACAGCUCUAGCACUUCAUUAACGUCUUCACAGAAAGCCCCCAAACGACAGGUAAGUCUGUAUGAUCAGAUGGUUCCAGUGGUCGCAACUGAAAAACAAGGCUUAUUCGACCAGGCUGAUGAGAAGGAGCGCCACUCAAGCAAUGAAAAUCUUAUUAAAAAUCUCAAUAGUCAGGACUAUGGCUCGUAUUAUCCAAGACGUGCAUCUUCAUCUAGCUUAAACCAACUGCAUUCGACAAAUCAUUCAACUUCUUCCUUCCAUACACGCGCAUCAUCUAUGAACUCUGGAGUCAAGGUCGCAGUGCCAUCAGAGAACGUUUUUGCAACACCUAAGAGUGAACAAGCUUUGAAUGCUCCCAUUAAGAAUGAUGAAAAAGUCGAGAAGCAUGAUGAUGUUUAUCUACUAAAGAACAAUUAUGACAUAACGAAUACGAACGAAAUAGCUGAAGAGGAUCAGUACGAGAAUGAAUUCACAAAUUAUUCAGAAAACAAACGAGAAUUUAUCAAUACCUUGAGGCCGAAGAAACUUUAA